AUGCAGGGUGUCCGCGCGGUCGGCCUCAGCAGCGUGCGACGUGUGUACGCAGCGGCGCGUGCACACGUGCAGUCGAGCACACCUGGUGGUGGUGGUGGUGGUGGUGGUGGUGUUGGAAACUUCCUGUCCUCAAGCAAUGAAAAGGCGCUCGGAGGUGUGCGCUUUGCAAGUUUAAAAGCCGUGAGGAACCGCAUGCGUUCCAUAGCAUCGAUCGGCAAGAUCACAAAAGCCAUGAAAAUGGUGGCUGCUGCGAAGCUUCGCGGUACACAGGCCCGUCAGGAUCUAAGCAGACCUUUCGCGGCAAGCGUGCGUCAGUUCUUUGACUUGCUACCACUUGAGAAGCUCGGUUCUGAGACAAAGGCCGGUGUGGCGGAGCCGAAACGACGUCUCUUGGUCGUUAUUACUUCGGAUCGCGGCUUGUGUGGUUCAGUCAACACCAACGUCUGCCGUCUGGCGCGCCAAAUGCUCCCGCAUGGCGCAGCAAGCCCCGUCUCCGAUGGUGUCGAGACCAACAUCAUGGUGAUAGGCGACAAGGGCCGGGACGCGCUCCAACGCACGAGUGCAGCUUUCUUCACGACCACGUUCCGGGACGUUUUCAAAGCUCCAGUAUCUUUCCCACAAGCCGUGAUCAUUGCCGAGGAAAUUCUAGCGCAAAGUCCUGAUGAGGUCGUCAUUUUCUACAACCGUUUCAAGUCCGCGAUUAGCCAGGUGCCAACGCAGCAGCCCUUACUGGGCCUGCAACUGCUCAUGGACAACGCCAGCGUCUUUGAUGGCUACGAGUUCGACUCAGACAUGGAUUCGUCGCAGGUAAUGGUGGAUCUUUUCGAGUUCGAAGUAGCCACACAGCUUUACGGGGCUUUACUUGAGAACGCGACCAGCGAGCAAGCAGCGCGAAUGUCGGCGAUGGACAACGCCUCGACGAAUGCUGCGGAAAUGCUCGACAAAUUAACCCUUCAGUACAACCGCGAACGUCAAGCUGUCAUUACGACAGAGCUUGUUGAAAUUGUUGCCGGGGCCUCUGCGCUUCAAAAGUAA